GGGCUCGACCGCGGCUAAUCCAGCCGCGCGUGGCUCCCGGGGCUCCCGCAACCCCGGCCCCGCCGCAGCUCGAGCCGCCCCCUCUCGGUGUCUGGACCCUGCGAAGAUGCCCGCGCUCAGCCAGUGUCCCCUGAGCUCCGUCCAGGGUGCAGCAGCAGCGAGGAGUGUGUCGUCGGUGCUGAUGUCAACGUUAGCCGCACUGGGGACACCUUGCGUGCGCUCGGUGAAUUCCGCAGACCGACGGAUGUCCUGCAAACGGGGUCUGCUUUGAACACGGCGCCUCUUUAAUAUUGGAAAGUCUUCCUUUAAUUUCCCCCUCGAAUCCAUAUCUGCAUUCUAUUCCCCCACCUCAGAAGUUCACCCACCUAUAAUACUUACUUUAUGAUUAAAUGCUUUUAUUGAUCACUU